UAAUUACCUACCUCUUAGGUAACUACUAAAAGACGCUCUCGCUUAAGGUAGUUUCGAUGUAUAUCCUCUCCUAAUGAGGCAUGAUGGGAAACGGCACGACGCUCCCUUAUUUUGAAGGACAGCAAAGCCCGGAAUACGAUAAACAAUGGAGAACACAUCUCCAGCUCACAUACAAACCCAGAAUGCGUCAUCGCCCGAUAUAGCAACAGGAGGACAUAAGAGAAGUGGUUCUGGAGCGAGCAUCCUCUCCAAGUUCCCCUUUUUGCGCACAUCCGAGAACAAACCCGGUCUCAACGAGUUCCGCCAUGCCGAGAACUCCCAAGACCUUUCUACUAGACCACCCCGCGCCCUCGUCGCUACUUUCCAGCAGCAGAAGACUCGCAGGCGCAAGGGAUCGCUUCGAAAAGUUGCCCUGUUAGGCCGCGGCGCCGCGCGAGAAAAGCGGGAACUCAAGCCUUUGGCGAUCGACAUAUCACAAACCGCACAGUCAACCCCCGACCCGGGCACUACUCCCAAGCCGAAAACCAUGGCCCCCGACGAGAAUCUGGGUCUGGGGAUAUCCGACCUCACGCCGCGACCGUCUAUGGACGGCUACGCUUCGAAAGAAAGCCUCCCGGUAUCUUCGCCCCAGUCUCCCGACAACGAAUCGCACCUCACGAGCCCCGCGAUAUCAUAUACUUCUACCACGGACGAGGACGACAUCCUCUCCAUACCUAUCCGCGUUCCCUCCCCGCUCCGCCCCGAACUCUCCCCCGUGUCCUCCGGCUCCGACUCGUACUUCCAGAACCGCGCGGCGGGCCCCUCCCUCCAGCGGCGGCGCUCGAUCAAGCACGCGAAGUCGCCGCUGUCGCUGCAGGGGCUGGCGGCGAGCCCGCUGCCCGCUGCGCACCACCACGAGAACCACGACUACAGCGAGACGGAGUGGUGGGGGUGGGUCGUGCUAGUCGUGACGUGGUUCGUGUUCGUGAUAGGCAUGGGCUCGUGCCUGAACGUCUGGAGCUGGGCCUGGGACGUCGGGACGACCCCCUACGCUCCCCCCGAGCUCGAGGACGACCCCACCCUCCCCAUCGUCGGGUACUACCCGGCCUUGCUCAUACUGACCUGCAUCAUGGCCUGGGUCUGGGUUAUCGUCGCGUGGACGGGAAUGAAAUACUUUAGGCACGCUAAAAUCAGCGGCGACUGAUGGAUUUUGUUAAGCGUUGUGUUGUUUUUGUGGCUUUGAAGUACUUUUGCUUCGUACAGAUAAUAUACUAAUAUUAAUUUGGGAGCUGGGGUGUUACGUCGAGAGCGAUGACUAUGAUUUUGGGAUGUAGAGUCUUGAAACGAGAGACGGCAGAUCGGAGACGGGCGAGACAUUGACUUAGAACAACGACAUUCUGUGAUACGGGUCGAGAAGAAUAAUAGGGACUAACAUUUCAUCUCGCUUCUUAAUGUUAAGAGUGGCGGUCCUCGCGGAAUAGGAGGAAGUGUAUACCUAUUCGUUGGCUUUGAUAGCUAGGUACCUACCUACUACAGGGAUAUACCCUAUACACGGUCAACCUCAAGAGCUAUAAGAAAAAGGUUACCUAGGGAGUGGCCAUCCUUACAC